AUGGACUGCUGUGGUUUUCAACCGUUCAACAAUUAUACUCAACUAUGCUGCAAUGGAGUAGUUCGAGAGAAAAAUCGUGGUGGAAGACAUGCUGAUAUGUGCUGUGGAACGGAAGCAAUGAGGCCAGAUCAAACAUGCUGUAAUGGAACAGUGCACAAUGUCAUGAAUGGCGACUGUUGUGGUAGUGCAGUGUACUUCCGACAAGAAGGUUCAUUUCUUUGUUGUGAGAACAACUUAGCAAGGAAACUAGCGGCAACGGAUAUGUGCUGCGGAUCGACCGUAUUCGAUGGAGGGCGUCAACAAAUCUGCUGCGGGGACAGGGUUUUUGACAGAAAUCAAGCGGAUUCAUGUUGUAUCCGUAACAAUGGAAGUGAAGUGGAAUAUCACUCGAGCACCGAAUUUUGCUGCAAUGGGGCCGUACGAAAAGGCAUAGGCCUUUAUUGUUGUUAUUUACGUAUGAAUGGCAAUUUGGUGGCGGAAUCCUAUCAGAAUCAGACGCAUUGCUGCCAAUUUCCAUUUGAUAUCAUCUAUCAGAAAGUCAAUGGCGAUUGUUUCAGCCAGUUGCGAAGGAUGUAG